CAGAAUUUUAUCAUUUCCUUUCUAUCUUUUCUCUCCCUAAUUUCCAAUUAGUUUUCGAACUUAAACUUGUAAUCUUAUUUGAAAAGAAGAUUCACAUGAUGAUUCAAUCUUCAUCCAAAGAAAUAAACCAGGCUGAAGAAGCAACACACCACAGACACACCAAGGAACCAGAGUGGAUCGAAGAAUUCCUGAAAAGAACAUUCUUUGAAUCGUGUACAACUCAUCCAAUUCGUAGAAAUGAGACAAAUAGAUAUUGCAUAAACUGCAAUUUGUCAGCUUGCCAAUAUUGUAUGUCCUCAGCUACCCAUCGCCAUCAUAAGAUCCUCAAAAUAUACAGGCAUGUCUACAAGGAUGUCGUCUCCCUUGGUGCUAUGGAUAAGUACAUUGACUGUUCUCAGAUUCAGCCAUAUAAGUGCAACAAGCGGUUGGUUAUAUCUCUGAAUCCUCUCCCACAUUGCGGCCCUCUGUUAAACACUGGAGUUUGUGAUGUGUGCAAGAGAAGAUUAGCUGAACCUGAACACUACAGCUACUGCUCCAUUUCCUGCAAGGUGAGAGCAUUCGGAAGGAAGUCAAGUGACUUGGAUCCUCCCUUUCUUUCCAUCCAGCAACCGCCAAGUAGUAUAAGAAUAAACAAAGAGUCGAACACCGAGCAACCGAAGCGGAAAAGGAAGGGAAUACCUUGUAGGGCACCCUUCUUCUAAACCCUUAGUUAUGUUUGUAUGACAUGGCUAGAGCAGCUGGAUGCAGCGGAAGGCCAGAGCGGGUCAAAGUUGUCAUGCGGUCUCAUUACGACGACGUGUUGAAAGAAUUUAGGUUUGUCGUUCUCCAUUGCCAUGGCUUUAGAAGAGGAACUACUUCUUAACUUUUCAGCUACAGUAGAGAAGAAGAACAAAUAGAAGAAGAGACUGGAAUAUCUGCUUAAAAUUCAGAAAU